AUGCAGAGAAAGUACAUCACAGACCUUCUUACUAAGCUAAACAUGAGCUCAGCCAAGCCAGUUGCCACGCCUAUGCAAGCAACGCCGAAGCUCGCACUCUUGUCUGGAACAGCUUUAAAAGACCCAAAGGAAUAUCGAAUGGUACUAGGGAGUCUUCAGUACUUGUCUCUCACCCGGCCAGAUAUUGCUUUUGUUGUGAAUCACCUCUCUCAGUACAUGCAUCGCCCCACCGAUCUUCAUUGGCAAGCCAUCAAGCGAAUCUUACGUUACCUUGCAGGGACAUCAUCGCAUGGUGCUCUGCGAGUUCAAUAUGUCAGCAUCAAAGAUCAACUAGCAGACUCGCUCACCAAACCGGUGCCUCGUCCACGUUUUAUUGAGCUGAAGAACAAGAUUGGAGUCAAAGCACUGCCUCCAUCUUGA